UCUGACAUGAAGCCGUUCACAGACUACAGCUGUACUGGUGACAUCAAGAACAACCAUGGCUCCAUAAUUCAGACUCUUCCUCCUGUCCAGUUCAACGUUAGCUGUGAUUUUUCAAUAAACUUCCUGCUGAAAAGUCCAACCAGUAAUUCCAUUAAGCUGAACUGGGAACCAACGAGUCGUAAAUGUCAUGGUAUUCUUGACAAACUGACGGAGCUCUCUUAUAGCUGCAGCUGUCGGCAAGGCUGGAAACGUGAAGACGGGAAAAGACCCCAAUUUAACAGAAUGUGUAACAUCGACGGACUUAAACCGUACGAAGAUUAUAUCUGUAAAGUCCGUACCAUCUACGACCAGAGAAUAUUAAAUGAGACUACAGCUGAAGUAAAAACUGAGCCUGGAAUACCAAUACUAAAAGGAUCUCUUGAGGUUCAAAAUCCAGUGAACAACGAAAUCAAAGUGUCAUGUAGAAAUAAAAGAAUUGAACUUAACGGACCAAGCGAAAAACGGAAAUACAUCGCAAAUCUUCAUGGUUUUCCUGACAAGAAACUGAAUCUGUCAAGCUGUGAAUUUGCAUUCACAGACCUGAGCUAUUUAACAUCCUACACAGUGGAGGUUUGUUUAANAACCACCAGACUCAGAGACAGCGGCGGUUCUAGACCAAACUUACCAGGGGGCCCAGUGUUUUCUCCUGGGAACCGCCCCUGUUCAGAGAUCUGGUGA